AUGUCAUCUCUGCGUGUUUUGGCUGUGGGCGAAAAUACCAAUGUUUUGCUGUAUGCGUGGCGAAUCCAGCAGUCCAAAAGUGUGAGUCUAACAUAUCUCAGCAGUUUGAAAUCUGCCGAUUUCAGUGUGGAUACUGCUCAGUAUGGCAGCGAUAAGUUUCGGUUUGAGCAGCACUUCCAAAACGUGGAGGAGCUGCUGAGCAGCGGAGAAGGCAACUCUCGAGUUUUCGACCUUGUUAUUCUCAGUGCGCCGUCGCUACAAGAAAUGUCGAGCCUAGCUGCGAAACUCAAUCCAGUUUUGAAUCUCAACACGAAGAUUUUGGUGGAAAGUUCGGGAUUUGUGCAUCUUGAGCCCUUUGUGAAAAUGUCCAUUGAGUUUGGUCAACUGAAGGUCUUUUCAGUCAUGUGUGACUUUGAUCUCCGCCAAAUCUCUUCUUCCCACUUUGCACAAGCCUCACAUCAAUUGGCGCCGUGCAACAUUUUUCUUGGCGAAGCCGCUGUAAAGGGUGGUGCCAAGUACUCAAGCGAUAACGUGGCUCUCUUGGAAACUUUUAAAAGACUGUUUGUGAAGCUUUUUCCGCAAGACCAGGUCCAUGUGUGCAAUUUCUCAUAUGCGGAGUUUCUAUCACAGCAAUGGAAAUUAGCACUUCCCCGUAUUUGCUUUGACCCUCUUUACAUUCUACUUGAAAAUUCUCGACCCGAAGAACUGAAUGAACAGAUCUUGGCCAAGCCGUUGAUUUCAGGAUUAGUUACCGAAAUAAUCACGGUAACCAAAACAAUGGGCGCUAAACUUCCUGCAGGGUUUGACAAUGAAAAAGAUUUGUUGCAACAAUGGCUCAAGACGACAAACAAUGAGUUACCUCAAUUAGCGUAUCAUUUUCUUCAAAAAACUGCUCCCUUGAACAUUGAUCUACUUCUUUUGCAGCCUAUAUUACUUGCUGACGAUUACGGUAUCAAAACUCCAUACUUGGAGUUUCUUUAUUCGAUGAUGUGCCAGUAUCAGAAGAUAAACGAUGGAAGCUCUAAAUUAUUUGCCAGGGCCAGUACACAGUCGAAGUUCAUCGAGGAAUUACGUAAACUUGAGAUUGAGCAUGACAGAUUAAAGUCGCAACUUCGUUCAGCUGAAGAUACGUUGGUGACCGCCGAACAAACUCACUCGGCACAAAUGAAGGCAAAAGAGAACUUAGAACUAGCUCAAAGAAACGAAAUUGGAUAUCUUAAGGGGCAGAUUACAAAGAUUAACAGCGAUUUGGUCAAUGAGCAGCGUAAAGUUAGUAUUCUCGAGGCAAACCAAAGAAAACUCGCAGAGCAGCAGCAGCAGCAGCGCAAAUUACAGCAACAACCACAGCAACAACCACAGCAACAUAUACCGCAACAGCAGCCGCUACCGCAGCAAUCUCAUCUACAGAAAGCGGUUGGAAGCUUUCAAGAAGGGGCGAACUCCGCGGAGCCGGUUAGUAACAGCUCGUCCGCUGGCACUCCAAACCUUCGUGAACUAGAAGACAUUGCGGUGUAUGGAGUUCAUUAUGGCAUGUCUCCAACGCAAGACCGUCAAGUCGAUUCUCGAGACGCGGAGCCAGGCAUCCAAGCUGUGCCUGUCAAUACCAAUGAAGUGCAUGCUGCUGGCGCUCCUGGUACCGAUUCCAAUAUUGAAGGUAGCGAUACUACUUUGCGCGAGCGCGAGCUUGAAUUGCGCAGACGUGAACUGGAACUGCAAGAAAAGGAAUUUGAACUUCAAAGAAGAGCUGCCGCAAGGCCAAGACCCGCUAAGUACCAGAGUGCACCCAUGAUACAACCGGGACCCAUACCUAACGGUCAUGGUUCAAGAAAACCUUCGUACUCGCAUGCAAACACCAGAAAUAACAGGCAAAUGCACGGCGCUUCACAGAGCAUUAUAACGCAUAUGCCUGAUCCUAACAUGCAAAAUCCCGCGGGGCAGCCCUCUCCUGUGCCAGGACAACUUGGACCUGCCAUUGGGGGACCUGUUAGCGGGCCGCCAGCUCCACAAGGUCACCACUCACACCAAUUCAAGACGACAAGUCGUAAGAACAGGCGUAGCAACAUGCCAAAUUUGCGCCAUGCAUCUAGCGUAGACGUUUUGUCUAUGGCUGGAACGGGUACUGCACCACAUGGUGCGCCGGGUGCACACCAGCCGUCGGCCGCUAAUAACUCGGGCACAAGACUGAACUCCAUGAUGGGCAAUGGUCCUCCACCUUCCAUCACGCUAAACAAACCGCAAAACGGGAGCAACCUGCAGUUGAAUAAUGUACCAAACCCAUCUUCGCAGAACUUCAAAGUGGGUCCACCUUAUUCCAAUGGGUCCGGCUCGUCAUUGCCACCACAACAACAACAGCAUAGACAAAUAAGCUCUAGCACCGUGCUUGCUGAAGAUCCCGUACAGGCCAACAUUUCUUCGCAUACGGUGGUCCAUAACCCUGUCCCACAACAAGCUUUGAAUGGCCAUUCCAGUGGUUCUUCGAUAUCAGCGGACUCACCAUCCGCUAUGUCACCUAAUGACAAUAUGAAUGUCAGUGAACCAUCGCCCAUUUCGGCUUCUGAAGCGCAUGGCCAAGAAAACACAUUACCUUCCACUCAAAAUUCGAGUACCAUGCUCGACACGGGCUUCGAUUUGAAUCCCAAAGAAUCGAACAAGAAGAAAUCUAAGUUUGGUUUGUUUGGCAAGAAAAGGAACAAAUAG